GGAGGAGGAGGAGGAGGAAGAGGAGGAAGAGGAGGAGGAAGAGGGAGCCAAAGCAGGAAGGAAAGCAAGCAGAGAGCGAGGAGAGGCAGGCUGUGAAUGCUAACAAGCCCCGUCGGAACCACCGUAGGGCUCCGUUGGUAUGGUUCGACAAAGCGCCUUGUAAUGGAAAAGAACGACGACCACUGUUAGACACCUACUAUGCGCCAGAGCCGCGCUCGCCCUGUGCGCGUAAAACUGCCUCACCGUCGUCGGCACGUUCGAUCAGAAAAACCCUCUUUUUUCCGCUAAGUGAAAUGUAUCGCGACUCCUCGGGAUUCACAUUCUGACAAUGGAGAUUGAAAAUAUCGUGGCCAACACGGUUCUCCUGAAGGCAAGAGAAGGUGGAGGAGGAAAGAGGAAUGGUCGCAGCAAGAAAUGGAAGGAGAUGCUGAAACUGCCUCACAUCAGCCAGUGCGAGGAGCUACGUCGCACCAUUGAUAGGGACUACACCAGCCUAUGUGAGAAGCAGCCCAUUGGUAGGCUGUUAUUCCGUCAGUACUGUGAUACUAGGCCAGAGCUGAAACGCUGCAUCGAGUUUAUGGAUGCUGUGGCCAUGUACCAGCUAGCUCCUGACGAGAAGAGGAGGGACUGUGGACUGAAUGUAUUAGACACAUACUUUAAUAAUGGGUCGGCGGCUCAUCUGCCAGACAUACCCCAGGAUGUGGUGGCUGGGUGUCGGGAGAGGCUGGAGCAAAGUCCAUGUAAGGAGCUCUUCAAUGACUGCACCAAAAUAGUUCGUGAUUAUUUAAGUGGAGCUCCAUUUUCCUCCUACCAGGAGUCCAUGUAUUUCUCUCGCUUCCUGCAGUGGAAAUGGUUGGAGAGGCAACCAGUAACCAAAAAUACCUUCAGACAUUAUAGAGUGCUAGGAAAAGGUGGAUUUGGUGAGGUUUGUGCCUGCCAAGUACGUGCCACCGGUAAGAUGUACGCCUGUAAAAAGCUGGAAAAGAAACGAGUGAAGAAGAGAAAAGGUGAAGCAAUGGCACUAAACGAAAAACGCAUUUUAGAAAAAGUUAACAGUAGUUUUGUAGUUAGUCUAGCUUAUGCCUAUGAGACAAAGGAUGCGCUGUGCCUGGUGUUGACCAUAAUGAAUGGCGGUGAUCUAAAGUUUCACAUCUAUAACAUGGGCAACUCAGGCUUUGAUGAGCAGAGGGCCAUCUUCUACGCUGCUGAAAUCUGCUGUGGCCUUGAGGACCUGCACCGAGAGAGGAUUGUUUACAGGGAUUUGAAACCUGAAAACAUCCUCCUUGAUGACCGUGGACACAUUCGAAUUUCAGACCUGGGCCUUGCUGUUCAAAUUCCUGAGGGAGAAACGAUACGAGGGAGAGUCGGCACUGUUGGAUACAUGGCUCCUGAAGUGAUCCAAAAUGAGAGCUACACCUUCAGUCCGGAUUGGUGGGGGCUUGGCUGCCUGAUUUUUGAGAUGAUACAAGGCCAGUCCCCAUUCCGCAAGCGCAAGGAGCGUGUCAAGCGGGAGGAGGUGGACAGACGAGUGCGUGAAGACCAGGAGGAGUACUCCGAUAAGUUCUCAGAGGAGGCUAAAAACAUCUGCAGACAGCUUCUAGCUAAGGACCCCAAGGAGCGACUGGGCUGUCUGGGUCGAGGGGCCAUAGAGGUCAAGCAGCACCCCAUCUUCAGAAACAUCAACUUCAAACGGUUGGAGGCUAACAUGUUGGACCCUCCAUUCAGCCCUGAUCCUCGGGCUGUUUACUGUAAAGAUGUCCUGGACAUUGAGCAGUUCUCCACUGUCAAAGGCGUGAACCUUGACCCCACAGACGAUGACUUCUAUCACAAAUUUGUCACAGGCAGUGUCUCCAUCCCGUGGCAGAACGAGAUGAUUGAGAUGGAGUGCUUCAAGGAAAUUAACGUCUAUGAAACUGACGGGACGCUUUGCUCAGACCUGGAUGUAAACCGGCCCAAUCCUCCACCAAAGAGAGGCUUCUUCUACCGCCUGUUCAGAAGAGAGGCAAGUGCUAGUGCUCCGCCAACUGUCCGAGGGGGUGGGGGCUAAGGUGUGUUUUAAGAGCAGUUAUAGUGACGAUGAGAUCGAAGAGCCUUCUCGACUUUAAACCACUCCUCCACCUGCCUCCUUCUCCCUCUCGCCGCUGAACUUCACUACAAACUCCAACCGAGCGCGAAUCCUAGGAACUCAGUGAAUGUUGACACCUGUAUUUAUGAGCUGUUAAAAGUGUAUUAUAAUUAAAGAAAAAAGUAUGAGUUUAAAGAUUUUGUACAUUUGUACUUGAAUUUAUGUCUAGAUGUAUAUUUUCACUAAAGGUUGUAUUGUACAAAAAGCCAUAAAAGUACCACUUGAAUGCAUACAUUACAUUUUUAUUUCCUUUAAUGAUUUCUUUUGGAUUGAGUAUGGAUAAUGUGUAUCUGGGACUUUUUUGAAGAAGCACAGUACCAUAUUUUUUUAAUGUAGCAUACAGUCUUUUUUGUUUUUUAUCUGUUCUGUAUGUUUGUCAUUUAUUUGGCCUACAAGACAUGUUAUUUGCAAAUGAGAUCCGCUCGGUCCAAAACUAGCCCUAAGCCUCCAUAGCCCGUAUAGCUCAGGUGGAUUUGAAUGAAGCUCAUAGAUGUGAGAUAUUGAGAAGAGAAAAUAAAUCUGAUCUAACAUUGCUUUGUUUAUGCUGUGCCGCUUAUGCCUGCGAAUAUGUUUUCAGAUCACUAACAACCCCCUUUGAUUUGGUAGUGAUUGUCCUCCUCCUUCUCUGAGGCUAGUUAGUCCCAGUGCACUGGCCUGAAGGGCAUGUGUAGUCCACAGUCCUCUGCAAACACAAUUCUUGCAAAGUUGGUGUAGAUUCAUUUCGGACAAUCUUUUAGUCAGUGUGUGAAACACUAAGAAUCUUUAACAUACAAAACUAUUAGAGAGGCUAUUUCCGUUCAUGAAAGACCUGAUGAUUAUCAUUCCUGAACCUUUCCUAAAAUCUGCCAUGAGCUACUGUUAGUGUUUCCUUUGGGAGCUGAGCUGUUAAAUCAAAGUCUGUUACAUUACUCACUCUGGUCAAACAGUGUUUGGCCAUUUAUCUUUAUUCCUUAUCCUUUCUUUCUGCUUCUUCUGACUUUGUUGCUCUUUUUUCUUGACAUGUCCAGUUGUUAUUAACCCUUUUCCCUGUGAGGUAGUGCCAGUCAUAUCCCCUUAAGUUAUCCUAGUAAUCUGCUGCCCAUAUAGAGUCUACUCUACGACUGAUAGACUGGGGAUUGAAGGGGAACAUAGACAGAUGAUGACGAAGGCACUAAAUCACAGAUCUGACCUGCAGCUGACAAGGGCUUCAUAACAAAUUAAGGUUGCAAAAGACUAACUUCCUCUGAUUCAGCAGCUAGUAACCUUGGGGCUGAAGAUGCGGCCUGUUUUGGCCUCUGUGCCAGUUGAUCAUAGUUAGCAUGAUACCUCUUUGACACAUAUCACCAGAUGCUCACUUAGAAUUUGUGGCUUAAGCUGUUUUUGUUGUUGAUCAAAAUGACGUUUCUUAAAUCAAUUGAGAGUAAAAGCUGUGGAAAGGAAGACGGGAACCACUUGCAGAACCAUUUGAUGUGCACUAUUAUUUCAUAUUUUUUUAAAAAAUCCUCCCAAGUUAUCCAGUACUGAACAAAUACGCUUUUUGAACAUUUCCCCCCAUGUUCUAUAUAUGAUGUAUAAUGUUCACUUUUUUGUGUUUCUUUUCAUUGGCAUUGUGGAGGCCAGUUUGCUUCUGAGUUUGAUUUUGAGGCAGUUGCUGUUUACUCUAAACCACCUGUUCUAAUGCUGUGAAUACCCAGUCAUUUUAGGUGUGUGUGCAUGUGUGCGUGCGUGCUUGCAUUGGACAGUAUGCAAAUACAGCUUUUAUUCAGUGUAGUGCUUUGAAGUACAACAAUACAAUACAGUAGCUCGAAAUCAUGACAGGACUUGAAUGUCACAGUGAUGAACUUAAAACUACUAUAGACUGCUCACAUUUCAGAUGGUACGCAUAAAAUUCCCCACGUUGAGGACUAAUUUGGAGUGUUGGUUCUUUUUUAGAAAAUGUUGUCCCCAGUUGCACAUUCCAUUGUCAAAAUCAGGAAUCAAAUGCGUGCAUUAAGCUGUGUCUAGCUUGUCAUAACGAACUUCUUAGUCCUUUUUUUUUGCUGCUCUCAGGCACAUUUUGACAAAGUGGUUUCUGUUGCCUAUGUAGAUUUUUGCUCUUUUGCCUCAAAAAUCUUGUAAAUGAUGUAUUUCUAACAUGUAUCUAAACUCUGACAUACAGUCAGUCACUCUCACAAGGAAGCUAAACUGUGUUUGCCAACCAUGCCUCUGUCACUGUUUAAACUUUACUCUCAUGCCAUCCACAUCGCAGUAAAAAAAAAAAAUCUUUUUAGUUUCAUUGCACUAUUGUGAGUUUUGACAAUGACUAUAGGAAGUGUCUUUAACUUUUUGACGAUACCAAAAGCUACUUUCAGUAAAUUCUACUUUUAUUUUUAAGUGAAAAUAUAAACUGAAGAAAGACUGACAGCCUUUAUUGUACUUUAUGUGCCAAUUAUAAAGUUAAGUUCUGACAUCCUGCCUUUUUCCACCUCUUCAUCAUUCCGUCCAUCCUGAGAGAAAUUCCUACACAUAAAGGAACUUUAAACAGCUCAACAGUUUUGAAUGUCCGCACUAAGUGCAUUGUAAUGCCUGUUUUAAAAAUUACAUAUGUUUUAUUACUCAAGCAUGUAUUGGUUUUUAAUACUUCAGGCUCCUUGUAAAUGUAAAAGAUGACCUUCUAGUGCCAACAUAUCUCACUGGUAUCUGAAGACAACUUUAUAAAUGGCAAGGUGACCAGCUGAGUUAGCCCUGUUUGAAUACAUGACAAGCAUUCCUUCUCUCCUGCUUUCCUCCAAGGCAGUGAUGACGAGUCUCCCCGAUAAAACUAGGAUGGUGCUCACAAGCAAUGUUAAGAGAUUAAAGAUCCUCAGUACCCUGAUGCCAUUUAAGUCGAGUUUUUGGAUAACCACCAUAAUAUGCCUGGAGCUCCUCCCUCUUCUGCUCUGUCCUUUUAAGUAAGAUAAGCGUUAUUUUUAAAGAAGGGAGUUCUGACAGAUGCAUUGUUUGUAUUCAAAUGGGGCCUGGGACUUCUUGAUUUUUCCUCUUUUUUGUAUCUGUACAGUCAUGUCGUUCAACCACUGCAGUCAUUGUCAAUUCUUGUACAAGUUGUAUCACUGGUUGUUGUACCAUAUCUGACAUUUGUAAUUAUGAAAUAAUACACUGCCAUUUGUAUAAAAAUA